AUGACCUGCUGUGAAGGAUGGACAUCCUGCAAUGGAUUCAGCCUGUUGGUUCUACUUCUGUCGGGAGUAGCUCUCAACGCAAUACCUCUCACUGUCAACAGACUUGAGGAAGGUGAAUUUUUUAAAAACCCCAUCUCUUGCUUUGAGUGGUGGUUCCCGGGAAUUAUAGGAGCAGGUCUGAUGGCUAUUCCAGCAACAACAAUGUCUUUGGCAGCGAGGAAAAGAGCAUGCUGCAACAACAGAGGCGGGAUGUUUCUUUCAUCAUUUCUGAAUAUAAUCACAAUAGUUGGUGCUGUGUACUGCGUGCUGGUAUCCGUGCAGGCUCUCUUGAAAGGUCCUCUCAUCUGUAAUUCUCCAGGCAACAGUACCUGUGAAUUUUCAAUAGACAAAUUAAGGAUUUCUCCCCAAUCCUUCAAUCUACAGUGGUACUUCAAUGGAUCUUGCGUAGCUCCUAACAGUUUAAAUUCUUCCACCACGAAUGACACCAUGGCCAGUGACUUGAAAAAAUACAACUUGCAAGAAAAGAGGCACAAGACUAUCCACUUCUCAGUAUUUGUAGGCCUACUGCUUGUGGGGGGCCUUGAGCUCCUGUGUGCACUCAGUCAGAUUAUCAUCGGUUUCCUGGGCUGUCUGUGUGGAGUCUCCAAGCGAAGAAGUCGAAUUGUGUAA